AUGACCGCAGCUUUUCUGCAGUCAGAGUUGGCGAACCUCAUAUCAGAUUCCAAGCGCAAGCAUGUCGAAGUCAAAGCAGCUUCGGAAAAGUCCUUGACCGAGCUCAAGUCAAUCUCAGUUACAUCAGAGACUCAAUUAGCAGGUGACCUAGUUCGGAAGCCUUAUUUUAUCGAGCCCUUCAUUCUUGCGUUGCAAUCCUCCAAUGCGUUCGAAAUUGCACUUCCUCUUGCACUCGAGGUCCAGUUGAAGGUCUUGCAGACACUCCCUUCUCUACUACAGCUCUAUGCGGCUGAUUUACACGGUGAAGCUCUAGCAAGGACACUGAAUGUCAGUGCUGAUUUGUCUGGCAGCAAGCUUCCCGUAAUCAGCAGCACGGCGGGCGCUACGUUUCAGCAAUUGGUUACCACUGUGUUCGAACGUACGACUACAGCUGCGAGUUCAAAGACUCAUCUGUCAGAAAAUGGCUCGGAAGCUGCUCAUGGUUCGGAUGAUGCUCUCAAGAUCUUCCUCGACAUUUGUGCCUUACUCGCAGAGCAGAAGCCAUGUUUCGUGAAAUUAGGCAAUCUAGCACCUCCUGCUGUCCUGGAGACAAUUGAAACUCUCUUAUCUGAAUAUGGCGCUUGGGUAUUGCAAGAUGCCAACAUUUUGAAGGCAUGCUCUGAAUGGUUGGUUCCUGGUAUAUGUACGUUGAUUGAAAACAGCACGAACUAUGGUGUUGUGGUACGAGCAUUUCGUAUUGCCCUUAUUUUCGCGACUCAGCACGUACAGAAAUUACCACAGGCUGUAGGUGAACUUUUGAAAGUCAUUCACAGGACCACUGAUCGUGCGGCAAAUAGCAGAUGGAAGCGAGUUCUGUCACUAGAAUUUUUCAAAAACUUUUGUGAGGACUUCGACGCCCUGCGGACGACAUUUGCAUUAUUCGACCUUGACAGCGAUCAGCCGAGUAUCGUUUCUGAUCUUAUGGCCUCUUUGGUUCGUACCGCUUCCGAGGAUCCAUCAUUGAUUGGACUUGGUCGGUUUUCAACCACCCCAUCGACUAGUUUACACGGACGUGAUGCCUCCACAGACAUUGGUGCACUUACUCCCAGCAUUUCUACACCCGGAAAACCUGCGACGGGCAUCAGCACGGAGUGGAGCAGCGUCACUACCGCUUGUCUCGAUAUGGUUGACCGUGCCAACCCUCCAGAUGUGCCUGGAACUUACCUCUAUACUCUCGUUCUUGGAUGUGUUGCGGCCUUUUCAGAUGGAUUAUCGAAGUUCAUUAUGCCACUCAGCCUGCCCAACAGGAAAAGCAGUAAGCGCGAGGAGCCGGAAGGAGAAGAAUCAGACGACAGCAACAUCUUGAGACGUGCAUCUAUGCCAAACAAUGCUGCAUCUCAGAAAUAUCAACAACUAAUCAAUCCCUUGGACAGGAAAGACUCGAGUAAAAGCGAUAGUGUUGAACUCUGUGCAAAAAUGAUUGAAGUUUGCUGGCCUGCCAUUCUUGCCAUUUGCUCAACCUUCUUGAACGCUAAGCUCGAUUCAUAUUACUACCACAUCUUGGUUCGCUCUGUGCAGAAGCUGAGUCAGGUUUCCGGCGUCUUGCAACUGGACGUGUCUCGCGAUGCUCUUUUGACUACCCUGGCUAAGGCUUCUCUUCCAGUGAACGUUUCUAGCCUUAUGAAUGCAUAUUAUGGGACAAGGCCAGCUCUGCAAUCCGAUCUCGAUGCUCACUCCGAGGAAGAUGAUCCGCCAGUUAGGUCGCCUAUCGCAAGUACUUCCCAGAACGCUCUCGGUCCAUCGAUCCAGAGCGUCAAUGUUCGCAACUUGCUAUGUAUGAGAGCGUUACUCAACUUGGGUAUUGCUCUAGGACCUACGCUGAGCCUAGCUGCUUGGACUGUCAUCUUACAAGCGCUUGAACAGAUAGAAGCUCUCGUAGCUAGUGGACCGGGUGCAAGGACGAGUCAAGCUUACCCGAACAAGAUCGAUGAUCCGGAAACAUCAGCCUCUACCAACCUAGUAACCGAAACUACCGCUGUUGAUACAGCCAAACGCAGAAUGGUUGAAGGCACAAGAACUUAUUCAAACCGAGCUUUCAGCACUUUCUGUCAAGCUCUUUGGCAGAUGAUAGAAGAUGUCAUGCCUUCUGGUCAAAGAGCACCUGUGUCGGAAGAAACUUCAAAUGACGAGAGGAGUGCUAUGAAUGGACUGCCACGACCCAAAAUGCUGACACAUAGAUCACUGCGAAGCAUAUCUAGCGCACAUACGAAAUCUGCUGCUCUGGAAGUAGACGUUCGUUUUGUUCUUGGAAUGAUCGAGCGACUGGCUUCAACAAACUCGCAAAGAUUCAGAAACAGUACCGCUGCCUCGACGACCUGGAAUCUGGUCGUUGAUAACUUGCUCUUGCUUCAUAAUUCUUCAUUGUUGCCUGAGCUCCGGCUACAAUGCGUGCAUACCAUCAAUACGAUCGUCGUUGAAACAUGUACUUUAGCUACUAACGACGACGACGAAGUGGAAGCCUCAGCACAAUCGUUCGUGGUCGUACAGUAUGGAAUACCUGCUUUACACAAGCAAAUCCGAAAUUGUCAAAGAGAUCUAGCAAAAGACUCCAACAAAGCCGAUAUUGCAUUGAAAACAGCACAAUCAGUGUUAGAGGCUUUAUACAAUGUUGUGGGUAGUUGUGGUGAAAGCCUUGGCAACGGAUGGUCCGAAGUCUUCAACAUACUCGAUACUGUUCUUAGUGGUAGUCAAGAACUCAGCAGCAAUAUCGAAGUACCGCUUUAUUCUGCUGCAUUCAAGGUGGUACUAUUGGUUGUCUCCGAUUUUCUUGCCAGUCUCAAUACAUCGUCAUUGGCUGCCUUGCUCAAACUGUUUGAUCGUUUUGCAGGUCAGCAGGCGGAUCUGAACAUGUCACUGACGACUAGCGCACUUUACUGGAAUGUAGCCACACUCAUCAUCGAUGGGACCGAUGUCCUGGAGCCAUUCAAUUUCGAUGCGGGUGCAUCAGAUCGUCUCGGCUCGUCUUCGACCCUAUGGCGAGGCCUGCUCCUGGGCUUGCAGAAUCAGAGUAAGGAUUCUCGCACAGAUAUUCGGAAUGCAGCGCUGCGCAUGCUCACCAAGAUCAUCGAAGCAUCUGUAACUUGCAUGUCAUCAAUGGGUCUUAAUUCAUGUCUGGGUGAAGUCAUGCUUCCUCUGCUUGAGUUCUAUAGUACUGAAUCCGGUACCACAUGGCAUGAGUCUGCUCAGCAAGAAUUGCGAGAUAUCGUGCGUAUCUUCCAGGCAUAUCACGAGCUCAUCUUGGACGAGAAGGAACCUUUCGUAAAAACUUGGCUAAAGCUCUCAAGCUCUCUGGAACAGCUAUGUAACCUCGAGGACUUGAAGAUAACCACCGCUGUUUUCGACUGUCUCUCCCAAGUAAUAUUCUCAUUGUGCAAGUCAAGUAAAGCCUCCACGUUCGACGAAGAUGAAAGGGUACUGGUGUCGACUUGGACUCUAUGGCAGAAGUCGCACCCAGCCUCGUUGAAAUCUGUCGAGCCUAAUGAAACAGCUCUUGCCUCGUAUGAGACCCUGCUGUUACGAAUUUUGGAUUGGAAGUUUGAGGCAGUGGUGAGCUCCGCAGAGAUCGGAAACGAGCUUCUCAAAUCUGUACGGACGUCGGUGUUUGCAGCUCGUCACGGUCAGUACACAUUAGAUGUCAGAAAGAUGUCUAGUGAGCAAGAACAGAGCCUCGAGGUCAUUAGAAAGGUGAAGUCAAUUUUCCAUGGCCAAGAAGUUGUGUUUGCACAAUUUAUUGUCGAGCUCGUCAGUGAUGUCGUUGAGAGAACAAUCCCAGGCAAGCUGAAGAACGACUCCUCUUCAGCUAGUGGUCGAAAGCCGACUGGAAUAGCCUUUGCCACGGCAUGCGUCAACGAACUGCUAACAAUACUGCAGGCAAGCACACAAGGACAAAAAGUAUGGUUCCGGUUACCUCUUGAACAGACCCUCGAGCUCAGUGCCGAGCUCGCAAACACAAAAUAUUCACGGAUUUCGCUGAACGACAACGAUCCUUUGUGGCGGAAAGGCUGCUCUCUUGGCGUGGAAUGCAUGUCGACCGUGAGAAGAGAUAUCGAAAGCCCCUCGUUCUCAGUAGCCGAUGCAGCACACAUCGAAGCACUAGGUCCUGCUAUAAACACAUUAGCAACAGCAACUUUGGAGGCUACCAACCUAGAUACUCUGCCAUCCGAGCGGAGACCUUCAGUCGAACACAUCCAACAAGAUGAGCAAUUUGACAUCUCGAAACUGUGGACAAUGCACACAUCGACUGUUUCUGUUCAUACUCACUCUGAAACCCCAGUAGCUUGUCAAAAACAAUACGUUUUGCUCUUCUUCCACCAUUCUCUGGUAGCGAAACCUUGGUACAACGACCUUGCUCCAGCUUUUGAGGAAAGUCCAUUAGCAAACAUUACUAAAAUCAGACGAGGUUCCAUUCGCAGCCCGGCACUACCUCUGCGCCGCGAAAUUUGUUACGAAGCACUAAAAUGCCUGUUCGACUUCGUGGACAAGCGCCGUAUGACGGAAGACUGCACAGCCAAACAAAAGAACACGCUGGAAAUCGCCAAAAUUGCAGCACCAUAUGUUCUCCUUCGUGUUGCCCACACUCUCAAGACUUUCAUCGCAGACCAACCACUUCGAAAUCUUGAACAUCCCCAUCCCGCACUUCAGAAGGAACUCCAUCUCGUACUCCGUGGAUAUGUCGACCUGUCAGUAUUUGAUGAGGCAUUUGUUCAGUCUGCUCGCGAUCUGGGUUGCAAUGACGAGUUUGGCAAUGUGAUUUGUAAGGAUGGGAAAUCCCACUUGAGAUUACUUUUCCCAUUAGUGACUAAUUUUGAACAAGUAUGGCGAUCGAUGCCGCGACUAAAGAAAGGUCUGGCAUGGCAGGAUCACGCGCACGGCCAAGGAGUUGAAGAGUGCAUAAUGGCUUGGAGAGGGAGAGUCAGUGAGGGUUGGGGACCGCAGUUCUGA